UCAUGCACAGUCACAUGUGGCGCCUGUUUAGUUUCACUUCCGCGUUUGAACAGAAACAGACAAAUCCUUUAAAUUAUGCAAUUGUUUUAACGCUAAUAUUGUCCGAAGUUUGUUUAUUCACUGUGUAAUUAUCGAUACUACCGUAUAUUUUGAUAGAAUGUCGUUAAGUAUUGUUUAAGGACAUCAAUUCUAGUGCGACACUUUUGGAAAGAAGAACCCCAGGCUGGGUGUCCACAUCUUGACAACUAGUUGAGACCUUCCACUUUUAAUUUUUCUACAGUUAACACUGUCAUAAAAAUUCCGAAAGGCAUCACCUCUGAAAGUCAUGUUGCUGUCUGUGAGAAUAAUCACUCCUCUUUUUGUACUACUUGCUGGAGUGCAAGCUAAGCUCAACACGGACAACUGCCAGCUCAUUUCAUCCAGCGAAUCUGAGAAAAAUGCGCUCAUUUUGCUAGAACCUCUCACCAAUCAAAGCUUCACCGUGAAAGGAAAAGAUGGGGAACCAUAUUCGUACAUUUUUCAGGUGUGUGGAGAUGCUGCCGGAAUGAAGAAUGCAGGUCUUGUGCAGAAAACUGAGAAACCUGAUGUGCUGGUCCGAAUUGGGAACUACAAUCAAACACGAGCCAUUAAAGGAAGUGACUGGAUUUUGUUAAUCUAUGAGGGGGGUAAGAAUUAUGACAACCACUGUUCAGGAGAGGCAAGAAAAGCCAUGAUUAUGAUUUCAUGCAACGGAAAUGCUAAGAAUGACUUUUUUGUGGUUUUGGAGGACAAUAAGAAAAAAGAGGGCUGUUAUUACCUGUUUGAGCUGGACACUGAUGUACUCUGUCAAAAAACCCCAUCCAAACUCAGUGGCGGCUCCAUAUUCCUUAUUGUUGUAUUCUCCUGCCUGGCUUUGUAUCUUACCGGUGGAUUCCUCUAUCAGCGACUGGUAGUUGGAGCCAAGGGAGUUGAACAGUUCCCCAACUAUGCCUUUUGGUCACAGAUCGGCAACUUAUCUGCUGACGGAUGUGAUUUCGUUUGCCGAUCCCGUGGUAACCGAGAGGAACCCCCCACAUACAGAGGUGUGGCUACUGAACCUCUUGGGGAGGAGCCAGAAGAAAGGGAUGACCAUUUACUUCCCAUGUGACCAAAUCAUAACAACCAAUGAACAGAGGCUGGACAGUUUAUGGUUUUGAAACCCAAAGAGAGAUGUUCAAUUCAGCAGGCGUGUUCCUAGUUCAGAAGUGCUGCUGUUUUUUUUUACUUCCCAAUAGCACUUAUUCUCUGUUUAUCCCUUAAAAUGUUAAUUUGGUGUUUGCUAACUAGUAUUCAGAAAUCCAAAGUCCCUCAGAUAGAUUUGAUGCCCCUGUUUUCAGUCUAUAGGUAGUAAAAGACAUCGAUGCUGCUUGACUGUGUGAUAUGGUCACCACUUAGAUGUAGUUUGGUAUAAAGUACAAGUACUUAUUUCCAUUUGAAUGGUUAAUCAAUGUCUGCUUAAACUGAAAUGAAGUUUUUUAAGCUCAUGCUCCAACUCAAUCAAUGUUAAACAUGAAUUUUCUUUUUCAGAAUUUUCCAAAAAGUCACUGAAAUUGUUUAUUUGAAAAACUGUACUCACAAAUAUGCUUCGCUUUACAUUCCAAAUUGAAUAUUAUGUUAGUGUGGAGAAGUUACACAAGGAUCAGGCCUACCUCUUCAGCCUGUUAUAAUGUUUCUGAAAUAUGUUAUUAACGAUAAAUUGGAUAUAUUUGAGGAAAAGAGUAUUCUUGGAGAAAGUCAUCUGUGGCGCAUUACCGCUGACAACAAUUAACAGUUAAAGUGAAACAACUUCAAAGAAAAUCUGAAAGGAAAUGCGUUUCCAUAUGGUUGGUUUUGUUCUUUUUUUGACUUUUUGAUGUUGCAAAUAUUAAUGUGAUUCUUUGACUGUGGAAUCUAUUUCAUACAGUAGGAAUUACUGUAAAGCCUCAGUGGAAACCACAGUGCAAAAUUUCAGAUUAAGACAGAGCAGCAGUAUAUUUUUCUUUCUACACUUUUGUUAAUGUAUCAUGUGUUUGAAUGCACUGAUGCUUUAAGCUUGAUUUUGUUUUUAGUGGAGUCAUUUCAUUUUCUUUAUGCCCUUGAGGUGCUGAGAUCAUCAUAAAUGAGCAUAAACACUCCUGUUUUUGAGCUAUAGAUCAUAGCAUUACAACUAUUUACAAGAUCAGGAGAAACAAAGCUGAUAGUUAUAAGGUGCUCUACUAUUAUGUACCAUUUAAGUUUUGGUCUGUGUCUAAAGGUGAGUUAGAGACUCUUUGAAAAGCACUUCUAUAGUAUCAGAUUAGAAAUGCUUUGCUUUAAUAAAUAAGAGUCCAUAUUAAUAGCAUAAAGGUAUGACGCAUUUGACUUGAUGUUAUUCCGGUGUGCUUCAUGAGAUACAGGCCUGUGAAAAGAGGUGACUUUACUGUUCUUGCAACUGUUUUUGUGUUCUUUACAAUUUUAGUGUGAAAACAUUCAUUUUGUGUGCUUUGGAAAGUAUGAAUAAAGUGUUUGAUUACUGAA